AUGGCUGAAAAAGUUUAUUUAGUCAAUCCUGAAACAGGCAGUCGUCAUCGUCUUAAUGAUUGCAAACCUAGUCUACAGCCAUCAACAGCACUAAAAUUUUCAUCUGCACGAAAGUAUCCAAACAAAGCUUUACCUGCAUCAGUUGAUUUAAGUCCAGGAAUGACGCCAGUAGAACUUCAAGAGGACACAUCUGCAUGUGUUGGUAACGCAUUAGCUGCUGCCUAUGAAUUUUUAAUAAAGAAAAAAACUGGAACUGAAAUGGAUGUUAGUCGUCUAUUUAUUUAUUACAAUGGUCGUAAGAAGGAUGAACCUGGUAUUGCUACGGUAGAUGAUUCCGGUUGCUCCAUUACAGGUGCUAUCGCAGGAUUGAAAGAGUAUGGUUGUUGCAAAGAAGAUAAGUUUCCAUACGAUAUUACCAAAAUCAAUGAUCGACCACCGUCUUACUGUUAUUCAGAUGCUGUGAAUUAUCGUAUAACGGAUGGCAUGCGAUUAAAUGUUGAUUUAUAUGAAAUGAAAGCAUGUUUAGCACAAGGCUAUCCAUUUGCAUUUGGUCUUGCGACAUAUCCAUCAUUUGUCGAGGCUGAAACAAAUGGUGGAAUUGUACCGAUGCCAACACCCAAUGAAAUUAAAAACAAUAGAGGUGAUCUACAUGCAAUGUUAGCAGUUGGAUACGUUGAUCGAUCAGAACAGUUCAUUGUUAAAAAUUCAUGGGGUAAAAAAUGGGGUGAUAAAGGAUACGGUUACAUUCCUUAUGAUUAUAUGAGCAGUCCAAAAUUUUGUUCAGAUUUACACACAAUAAAAACUAUCUCGGAACGUGCUCGUCGUCGUAGAGAACUAAUGAUGCAAAAUUCAAUUGCCGAGAAUAGUCAAAAAAAUGUUUAUGGUUAUCAAAAAGAAUGUUUAAAUAAUAUCGAAAACACUACGAAUGAUGAUUUGUUAGUCGAUGAUGAUGAUGAAGACGAUUUUUACAAUGAUAAAAAGUUUUGGCAAACAGAACGAUCAGAUCAUAUUAUUAAUAUAACUACAAAAAGUCAAAGUAUACAUUUUCAAAAAAAAUCAGGAUAUACAGCAUCGUCAAAACAACUUCAUCCUUAUAUUGAAAGAGUACCACGAGAAAAUAACUCGUCCAAAUCGUAUAUACUUUGGAUUGAUAAAAAAAGUGGAGAUAAUUCUGAUACUGCAAAUCAAUUAACAAGCGAUGGUAAAAUUCAUAUAGAUUUUCGUGAGACAUUUGCAAUGGCACAAGAUCAUAUACGACAAAUUUCAAAUAUAAUUAAAUCACCAUCGUCAACAUUUCAAAUAGUUUGUCGUGGUUAUUAUAAAAAUGAAAAUAAAAAUCCAUUUGAUUUAUUAUUAUUAUUGAAUAAGAAUAAUUUAAGACAUAUACCAGUAAUUGUUUUUACUAAUGAUAAAGAAGGUUUAUUAAAACAUUUGGAAAAUCAAGCACCAUCAGUUGGACUUACUGAUUGGAAGGAUCGUUUGUAUAUAACGAGCACUUCAAAAAAAUUAAUAACAAAAUGCAAAACUCAUAUUGAAAAAAAAACAUUAUAA